AUGGAUGUGACUAUGGUAGUAGAAAAUGGCUCAUUAUCAGAUGACAUUGACAAUGAUACGAUGAAUGCAACGAAUUGCCAAUGCAUUCGGAAGAAUUGUGCAUGCUGCAUGAUGUUAAACAUUCCAAAAAUUAGUCUCAAUGGUUAUGCAUGCGUCAAUAUUACGUAUAUAUCCGAAGAUAUCGGUCUCCGUUUAUCCUUUUCUGUCAAUGGAUAUGUUUAUAUCUCAAGAGAAAUAUCAUUGCGUAAUCCGCCGCCGUAUUGCUUGUCAUUGCCAUUUUUGAAAGAAUAUGCUGCCAUUUGUAUACAUUUACGUGAUUUAAAAUUUCGAAAAACAAAUAUUGAUGGUUGUUUGGAAUUAGACGCUGAACUGUAUCACGUCCACGUAGCAACGGUACAUCUAGGAUGUUUCUCUAUACCGAUCUAA